AUGAUUCGAUUCAUUUUCAUUCUAUCUGCAAUUAUCACCCUAGUACACUCGGCUCGCUUACGUAUUAUCGAUGGAACACUAGCAAACGUACACGAGUUUCCGUACCAGGUAUCAAUGCAAUGGAACUUCAAUAAUGGAUCUCGACCAAGGCACUUCUGCUCGGGUUCGAUUAUCAACCCAAACUGGAUUUUAACUGCAGCACACUGCUCGCCUGAGCUUUCAUCAGACGGUUGGAUCGAAGUUGUGGCGGGAGUCAAUAAUAUUGCCAACGAGGAAUCAUCCGUACAACGAAGAAACGUGACCAGGUUUGUGCAGCAUCCACGCUACAACCCCAACACUAUCGCGAAUGAUAUUGCAGUGGUUCUACUGUCAAAGUCUUUAAAAUUAAACCACAACAUAAAAUCGUUGUCUCUAGCAAGGAACGAUACGGCCAUCGAACAGAAAGUGGCAAAAUUUGCAGGAUGGGGCUCAAUUUCCAAAACAUCCGUUGACAUAUUUCCCGACGAGCUGAGGAAAGUCGAUCUUGUUCUGCGUUCCCAAAAAGAUUGUCAACCAAUGAGAAAUCCAGGAGUUUCGCAGAUAUGCGCUGGCGGAUAUCGAAACGCGUCUGGUUGUAUCGCGGACUCUGGAGGUCCACUGACGGUAGUCAAGUCUAAUGGACCUGUUCAAAUAGGAGUGCUUUCAUAUGGAGAACGACCGUGCCAGGGAAAGAUGCCGAUAGUGUUUUCGAGUGUGUUAUAUUUUAGUGACUGGAUUAGAACAGCUAUCGAGAAACAAUAA